CCAGAGAGAAACUUGGCGAUCACGUUUUCACAUGAUGCUCACGCUCAGGGCGCUUCAAUUAUCCCUCCCCACAAAGAUAGGUGGCGCGUGUUUCAGGGUCUCUCCUCUCUCUCCUACAGAAAAGAAAAAGAAAAAAAUGUCAUUAGAAGAGGCGUAACACGUCAGUCCGUCCCCAGGUUUGUGUUUCCUGGAGUGGCCGAAAGAGAUCAGUUCUAACCUGCUCCGCAGGAAUAACGGUCCUGCCUCCCGACACUCUUGGCGAGGUUUUGUACAGUUUGCUCCGGGAGCUGUUUCUUCGCUUCCACCUUUUUCUCCCCCACACUUCGCGGCUUCUUCAUGCUUUUUCUUCUCACCAUUUCUGGCCAAAACUACAAACAAGACUUCGCAGCCCCUGUUUAAACUAAUCCUCGAGGCACAGCAUCUUCCUAACCUCCAUCGAGUUUCGGGAUUCUCCUGCUCUCCUGCCUGCCUCCGAGGUUCCCCUUCUCCAAGUUUUGACAGUUUCAGCUGAAAAAAUGCAGCGCCUCUCUCGAUUUUUAGAUCGAGCCUGCGUGCUGCCGAAGCAGGGCGCCGAGUCCAUGCGAACUGCCAUCUGAUCCGCUCUUAUCAAUGAAGCAGCCGAUCAUGGCGGAUGGCCCCCGGUGCAAGAGGCGCAAACAAGCCAAUCCCAGGAGGAAAAACGUGGUGAACUAUGACAAUGUAGUGGACACGGGCUCGGAGACAGAUGAGGAGGACAAGCUCCAGAUUGCUGAGGAGGACGGGAUUGCUAACCCCCUGGACCAGGAGAGGAGUCCAGCCAGCGUGCCCAACCAUGAGUCCUCCCCGCAUGUGAGCCAAGCUCUGCUGCCCAGAGAAGAAGAGGAAGAUGACAUGAGGGAGGGCGGAGUGGAACAUACCUGGCAUGGCACCGACAUUCUGCAAGCCUCUGUGGAUGGUCCAGAAGAAAUGAAGGAAGACUAUGACACUAUGGGGCCGGAAGCCACGAUCCAGACCACAGUUAACAAUGGUACAGUUAAGAAUGCAAAUUGCACAUCAGACUUUGAGGAAUACUUUGCCAAAAGAAAACUGGAGGAACGCGAUGGCCAUGCAGUCAGCAUCGAGGAGUACCUUCAGCGCAGUGACACAGCCAUUAUUUACCCAGAAGCCCCUGAGGAGCUGUCUCGCCUUGGCACGCCGGAGGCCAAUGGGCAAGAAGAAAAUGACCUGCCACCUGGAACUCCAGAUGCUUUUGCCCAACUGCUGACCUGCCCCUACUGCGACCGGGGCUACAAGCGCUUGACAUCACUGAAGGAGCACAUCAAGUACCGCCACGAGAAGAACGAAGAGAACUUUUCCUGCCCUCUUUGUAGCUACACGUUUGCCUACCGCACCCAGCUCGAACGGCAUAUGGUGACGCACAAGCCGGGGACAGAUCAGCACCAAAUGCUGACCCAAGGAGCAGGUAAUCGCAAGUUCAAAUGCACAGAGUGCGGCAAGGCUUUCAAAUAUAAACACCAUCUGAAAGAACACCUGCGAAUUCACAGUGGUGAAAAACCGUACGAGUGCCCAAACUGCAAGAAACGUUUCUCCCAUUCUGGUUCCUACAGUUCACACAUCAGCAGCAAGAAAUGUAUUGGUUUAAUCUCUGUAAAUGGCCGAAUGAGAAACAAUAUCAAGACGGGUUCUUCCCCUAAUUCUGUUUCUUCUUCUCCUACUAAUUCAGCUAUUACCCAGCUAAGAAACAAAUUGGAGAAUGGAAAACCACUUAGUAUGUCUGAACAGACAGGCUUACUUAAAAUUAAAACAGAACCACUAGACUUCAAUGACUAUAAAGUUCUUAUGGCCACACACGGGUUUAGUGGCACUAGUCCCUUUAUGAAUGGUGCACUUGGAGCCACCAGCCCUUUGGGAGUUCAUCCAUCUGCUCAGAGUCCAAUGCAGCACUUAGGUGUAGGGAUGGAAGCCCCUUUACUCGGAUUCCCCACAAUGAAUAGUAACUUAAGCGAGGUACAAAAGGUUCUACAGAUUGUGGACAAUACGGUUUCCAGGCAAAAAAUGGACUGCAAGGCUGAAGAAAUUUCGAAGUUGAAAGGCUAUCACAUGAAGGAUCCAUGCUCUCAACCUGAGGAACAAGGAGUCACUUCUCCUAAUAUUCCACCCGUAGGUCUUCCAGUAGUGAGUCAUAAUGGUGCCACUAAAAGUAUUAUUGACUAUACAUUAGAAAAAGUCAAUGAAGCCAAAGCUUGCCUCCAGAGCUUGACUACUGACUCAAGGAGACAGAUCAGUAAUAUAAAGAAAGAGAAGCUACGUACUUUAAUAGAUUUGGUCACUGAUGAUAAAAUGAUCGAGAACCACAACAUAUCCACUCCAUUUUCAUGCCAGUUCUGUAAAGAAAGUUUUCCCGGCCCCAUUCCCUUGCAUCAGCAUGAACGUUACCUUUGUAAGAUGAAUGAAGAGAUCAAGGCAGUCCUGCAACCUCAUGACAACAUAGUCCCCAACAAGGCCGGAGUUUUUGUUGAUA